AUGCAGGUGCUCUUGAUUGUAUUGAUAGCUGCGAUUUUGUUCAACUCAAUCUAUGCUGCCCGAGUCGUAUACGACAUGAACAUUACUUAUGUCAAUGAUGUGAACCCUGAUGGUUUGCAUUCUCGUCAGGUAGUUGGUAUCAACAAUCAAUGGCCAAUCCCUGCUAUUAAUGUCACUCGCGGUGAUACUCUGGUCAUGAAUGUCCACAAUAGCCUGAAUGAGCCCACAUCUCUGCAUGCACAUGGUCAAUUUCAGAACGGCAGCAACUAUAUGGAUGGGCCUGUGGGUGUAACUCAAUGUGCUAUUCCUCCUAAUUACGAUCUUUCUUAUGAAUUCAACAUCACUCAAAACGGCAGCUAUUGGAUACAUAGUCAUUACAUGGGUCAAUACAUGGACGGUCUUCGCAUGCCUUUGAUUAACUCUGAUCCUGAUGAUCCCUACAUGGGUCAAUAUGACGAGGACCUCAUUGUUACUCUCUCUGAUUGGUACCAUGACAGCUCUUACGACAAUUUGGCUAGUUUCAUGACAGUAUACAACCCUACAGGCGCUGAACCAGUGCCUCAGGCUGCAUUGAUCAAUGACAAUUACAACUCUUCCUUUUACUUUUCUCCUGAAAAAACAUAUCGUUUGCGAGUGAUCAACAUGGCUGGCUUUGCAACCUUCUAUUUUGAUAUUGAUGGCCAUGACAUGGACAUCAUUGAAGUUGAUGGUAUCUACACUGAACGACAAACUGUGGAUAGUCUCUAUUUGGCCACAGCCCAACGCUACUCCGUACUUGUAACUGCAAAGAAUACAACAGACUACAAUUACUAUAUGCACGGCGACAUGGAUACUGUCAUGUUUGACACGGUUCCAGAUGAUUUGAACCCUAAUGCCACUGCUUCCAUUUACUAUGAUUCUUCUCAUUCCAACUUUGCUCCUAUCCGCAACAUUGGUAUGGCUAGUACGUUUGAUGACUACACUGUUGUGCCCCUCUAUGCUGAAGCAGCAGUUGAUUACGAUCACCAAGUCAAUUUGACUAUUGAUUUCCAAGUGACUAACGAUGGCAUGAACCGUGGCAUGUUCAACUACAUUCCUUGGCUGCAGCCCAAAGUCCCAACUACAAACACUUUGUUCACUACUGGAGAGUAUGCUCUCAACUCUACUGUUUAUGGCCCUCAAACCAAUGCCAUUGUGCUAAAUCAUCUCGAUAUGGUUGAAGUUGUUUUGAACAAUCUGGAUUCCAACAACCAUCCUUUCCAUCUUCACGGCCAUGUGUUCCAGGAAGUAGGCCGCGGUACUGGUGUCUUUGACGGCAAUCGUUCCAAUGUCGAGUGGUUCAACGAGAAUCCCAGUCGUCGCGAUACUAUUCGCGUGGAUGCUGAAGGGUUCUCUAUUAUUCGCUUCCGUGCAGAUAACCCUGGUGCCUGGAUUUUCCAUUGUCAUAUUGAUUGGCAUUUGGAAUCGGGCCUUGCCGUUAUUUUUGUUGAGGCGCCUGAUGUUGCUCAGGAACGCAUGUCUCUGCCUCAAGCCUUUAUCGAUGUGUGCGAGGCUGGCGGGACCCCCGGUACUGGUAAUGCUGCUGGAAAAGCUGCUCUUGAUUUGAAAGGUGCACCUGAUGGCAUCUACAUGCCUUAUGAUGGCUUCACUGCCAAGGGCAAAGGAGCCUUAGCCGCUUGUAUCAUUUCCUUCUUGAUCGGUGCUGCUGCUAUUGUGUGGUACUCUAAUAACGAUCCUGCAAGAACUACUCGCGAUAGAAUGGGUAGGCCACCUAGUCGCUAA